GGCAGCAAGCAUGAUGAUGGGACCCAGAGUGACUCAGAGAAUGGACUGGGCCUACGUUUUGCAAACCGCCGCUACGCCCUGGAGGAACGCCUAAAAGCAGUGCACGGCCUCGCGGGAACCGGAGGUGGAAACAUCACAACGAGCGUAGCCAGAACAGGUGGCAGCCGCACUUCCUUCAUGAUCGAGUUAUACGACGAGGAAAACCCUCGCAAGCGCCGUUCGUAUUCAUUUUCCCAGACUGCACCUCUGCAGGGGAUAGGAGCUGGCGGGGAGGCCCUGUUUCCCCAGCCUCCCUCUCACCCCAAGGUGUUCAGCAUUUCUACUUCUGCCUCCACAGCCUCUGACUCAGGUAAGGUCCCCGCUCCGCUGUCAGCCACAGUGACUGCAGGCGCCCCUACGGCUGCCCGCGUCCUUCUCAAGCAGAGGUCAGAGGACCUGAGUAUCGGGCGCUGCUCGGUCAGUACCGGGCUGGCGACAGGAAGCCCCACGAGCCCCAGCGAGGACGCUUCGGUGGUGGGGAGGGGGGGGACAGCUGCUGGAGGGGAGGCAGAGGACGACCACAGCGAUAAGGGGACCUACACUAUAGAACUGGAGAACAGGAACGCGGAGGAAGAGGAGGCCAGGCGCAUGAUAGACAAGGUAGGAACGUUCAGAGAUGUUAGCAACAACUGCUCAUUUUCUUGUGCUUAA